AUUAAAGAAGCUAAUUGAUCAAGAAACUGAGUCCCAGGAGAGGAAGGUGCAAGAAAAGGAGAAGAGGAUCAAGGCUCUGAAAGAAGAGCUGACAAAGCUGAAGUCUUUUGCUUUGAUGGUGGUGGAUGAACAACAAAGACUUACAGCUCAGCUUGCCCUUCAAAGACAGACAAUCCAAGACCUGACCACAAGGGCAAAGGAAACACAUAGUAAACUAGCCCUUGCUGAAGCCAAAGCUCAGGAAGAAGAGCAGAAAGCAACCAGACUAGAAAAAGAACUGCAAACACAGACCACAGCAUUUCACCAGAACCAAGACAAAAUUAUGGCGAAGCUCACCAAUGAGGACAGUCAAAAUCACCAACUCCAACAAAAGCUGGCAGCACUCAGCCGACAAAUUGAUGAGUUAGAAGAGACCAACAGGUCUUUAAGAAAAGCUGAAGAGGAGCUGCAAGAUAUAAAAGAAAAGAUCAACAAGGGAGAAUAUGGAAACACUGGCAUCAUGGCUGAAGUAGAUGAGCUCAGGAAGCGUGUGCUGGAUAUGGAGGGGAAAGAUGAGGAGCUCAUAAAAAUGGAGGAGCAGUGCAGAGAUCUCAAUAAGAGGCUUGAGAAAGAGACAGCACAGAGUAAAGACUUCAAACUAGAGGUUGAAAAACUUAGUAAAAGGAUUACGGCUCUGGAAAAAUUAGAAGAUGCUUUAGACAAAAGCAAACAAGAAUGCUACUCUCUGAAAUGCAAUUUAGAAAAAGAAAAGAUGACCACAAAGCAGCUGGCUGAAGAACUGGAGAGUUUAAACGCCAGGAUCAAAGAGCUAGAAGCCAUUGAAAGUCGGCUAGAAAAGACAGAAUUCACCCUAAAGGAUGAUUUAACUAAACUGAAAACAUUAACUGUAAUGCUUGUAGAUGAACGCAAAACAAUGAGCGAAAAAUUAAAGCAAACUGAAGAAAAGCUACAAACCACUGCCUCUCAGCUCCAGGCAGAGCAAAGUAAAGUGACAACAGUGACUGAGAAGUUAAUUGAGGAAACUAAAAGGGCACUCAAGUCCAAAACGGAUGCAGAAGAGAAGAUAUACAGUGUAACCAAGGAGAGAGAUGAUCUCAGAAAUAAACUCAAAGCAGAAGAAGAAAAAGGACAUGAUCUAUUGUCCAAAGUGAAUAUAUUAAAAAACAGGCUUCAAUCACUGGAAGCAAUUGAGAAAGAUUUUGUAAAAAACAAAUUAAAUCAAGACUCCAGUAAGUACACAACAGCAUUACACCAAGAAAACAAUAAGAUUAAAGAGCUCUCUCAAGAAGUGGAAAGGCUAAAGCUGAAGCUAAAGGAUAUGAAAGCCAUUGAAGAUGACCUCAUGAAAACAGAAGAUGAGUACGAAACCUUAGAACGGAAGUAUGCUAGUGAGAGGGACAAGGCUCAAUUUCUGUCUGAAGAGCUGGAACAUGUUAAAAUGGAACUUGCCAAGUACAAGUUAGCAGAAAAGACAGAAUCCAGCCAUGAGCAAAGGCUUUUCAAGAGGCUGCAAGAAGAAGAGGCCAAGUCAGGCCAUCUGUCAAGAGAAGUGGAUGCAUUAAAAGAGAAAAUUCAUGAGUACAUAGCAACAGAGGACCUAAUAUGUCACCUCCAGGGAGACUACUCAGUCCUGCAAAAGAAACUAAAUCAACAAGAAAACAGGAACAGAGAUUUAGGAAGAGAGAUUGAAACCCUUACUAAAGAGUUAGAAAGGUAUCGGCAUUUUAAUAAGAGCCUCCGACCUAAUCUCAAUGGAAGAAGAAUCUCUGACCCUCAAGUAUUUUCUAAAGAAGUUCAAACAGAAGUAGUAGACAAUGAGCCACCAGACUACAAGAGCCUCAUCCCUCUAGAACGAGCAGUCAUCAAUGGUCAGUUAUAUGAGGAGAGUGAGGACCAAGAUGAGGACCCUAAUGAGGAAUCUGUGCUGUCCUUCAAAUGCAAUCCAUCUACUCCCCUUCCUAUGAACAGGAAACUAUGGAUUCCUUGGAUGAAAUCGAAGGAGGGCCACCCUCAGAAUGGAAAAAUACAAACUAAGUCCAAUGGCAACUUUGUGCAACCUGGAGAUCUAGUCCUAAGUCACACACCUGGGCAGCCUCUUCACAUAAAGGUAACUCCAGACCAUGUCCAAAAUACAGCCACUCUUGAAAUCACAAGUCCAACCACAGAGAGUCCUCACUCUUACACCAGCACAGCAGUGAUACCAAACUGUGGCACCCCAAAGCAAAGGAUUACCAUUCUCCAAAAUGCCUCCAUAACACCAGUGAAGUCCAAAACCUCUACAGAAAGUCUUGUGAACUUGGAGCAAAGUAUGCCCCCCGUUACCAUGGCAACCUUUGCCAGAGCACAGACCCCAGAGUCCUGUGGUUCUGUAACUCCUGAACGGACAAUGUCACCUAUUCAGGUUUUGGCUAUGGCUGGUUCAGCUAGUUCUCCUCCUGAGCAGGGUCGCUCCCCAGAGCCAAUAGAAAUCAGUGCCAAGCACGCAAUUUUCAGAGUCUCCCCAGAUCGGCAGUCAUCAUGGCAGUUUCAACGUUCAAACAGUAACAGUUCAAGUGUGAUAACUACUGAGGAUAAUAAAAUCCACAUUCACUUAGGAAGUCCUUACAUGCAAGCUGUCGCCAGCCCCGUGAGACCUGCCAGCCCCUCAGCACCCCUGCAGGAUAACAGAACUCAAGGCUUAACUAAUGGGGCAAUAAACAAAACAACCAAUAAAGUCACCAGCAGUAUUACUAUUACACCAACAGCCACACCUCUUCCUCGACAAUCACAAAUUACAAUCAAAGGAGUAUGCAAGCAGAGAAUUCCAACAAGGAUCCCUAAACCCAAAUCUACAGGCAUCAGUAGACUUUCCUGCAAAAUAGCCCUGGGACCGAUGGAUAAGCCUAGUCACCAAAAUGGCUGUGAGAAAUUACACAUCAUAAGAACUGUCACUGCUAACACAUUCCUCCACAUAGAAGGGAAAAGGUAAGUCAUACCUACGUACUGUCUAGAAAGAUUCAUCUCCAGAAGCAUCUGGAAAGCUACACUCACUGAAGGCCAGAGAGGAACGGCCAUCUCUCCAGGAAAUGGUGAAGAAGCCAACUGACCUACAGCUCACAAGUUGAUGGACCUACUAAAGGGCAUGCUCAAAGAAGCAGCGCAUGUCCAAUUUCCAACUCUCCUUACACAGGAGCAUAUAUACACUCACUGGUUCACAACUGCAAACCACUCAAUUCCUUAUGUCAUUUGCAAUCUAAUUCAACACUGGACUGCAGCAUCAGCUCAGGACAAGACUGGAUUCACACGAUAGCCCAAGAGCUUUUUGUGAACAAAGAAGUAAUCUUCAUUCUAGAGAACUUUAUCACACAUAUUGGCUAAGACAAUUUUUUAAGAGUUUUUAACUUACUCAUGAAAGCAGGAUGAUUUCCACCAAAAUUACAUAACAAUUAAAAUCAAACUUUAAGGUUUAAAGUCCAUCAUCUUUAUGACUAUGAGAAAGAAAAGUAGUAAUUCUUAGCUGUAAGGAAAGAGAAACCACAAAAUCAGUAAUAACUGAUUAUAUCCGUGGUGUGGUUUACCAAAAAUCAUGGAUGCUAGCAUUCAGCCUCCUCUCCCAUUUUGAUAGCAGAUUUUCCCUCCUACCGAUGAAGUUAUAGAAUUGUAUUGGCUUGCACGUAAGAUAAGACUUUAACACUGUAGUUUUCUAUAGUAAUCAGAACAUAUGAGACUUGACGGUCACUACUACUGAGAUCUUAGAGGGAAAUAUAAAUCAUUGUUUUGGGUACUCAAAAGAAGAGCAACAGUUUUUCAUUGCACAGAACACCUUUAUUUACAUCCCUUCCCUCAAUACCACACACAGAACAAAAUCCAACAGAGUCAGCAAAUGCUUUGGACCAGGAGACCCAGGAGGAUGACAAUAACAGAAUGCUGCUUUCAGUCAUCCACAGGCUGUAUACAGUACCCUGGCAGUAACAUGCAGUCACUGGUUUUUUGCUUAUUUUUUUUUCAAAUCUCAUUCACUGUGUCACUAAACCAAGAGAAAGGAGUAAUUCUAAUUCAGUGUGGACACUGGCAUAAUGACAUUUUUAAGAUGAGGCAUUUUUGAAAACAGAUUUCAUGCCUUCACAAAGCCUCUGGGCUUGGGGGUGCCACUGAUUUCUAUGACCCAUCAGGGAACACUGGAAGCAUGGGCCUGGAAGAAAUCCUCCCGACUGAGGACUACACUUCAGCUAGCUUUCUACAAUGAGUCCUAAAGCAGAAGUAAAGGAACAGCCAUUCCCCAUACUCAUAUGGCUAAUCUAUUUCAGUGCAUACAACCAGGGGCCAUUUCAUGAAGAGAGGGAUGAGGGAAAGAAAGGGAGGAAUAGGAGGAGGAACAGGAGGGAGUUGGGCAGCACUGAGCUAUGCAAGCUCAAGAGAAAUGGUGUACAGCACCAAGCAAGUGGUAGAGGAAGACCGUGGGGAAGAUGAAUGAGUUACAAGACAGAAACAGAAGUCCAAGUUAAAGGAAAGCCGUAAGUGAAUAGAAAAGAAAUGACCUAUGAAUGAAGGUCAGGAAGCUCUGAUGCCAAAACCAAGACACACAUAGUGUACACAGCAGCAUGCCUGAGAAAAGGCAGGCAUUUAAUACAUCUCAAGUAAAUUCAAGAUGAGGAACAAGCUAGAGAAAGGCCAUUCAACAAGACACAGGUGAGAAACUAGGCUUAAGAGACAGCAGUGAAGUAUGAUCAGGAUGGGAAAAUAGUUAUGCCUGGGUACCAUCCCAUACUCCUACCACUCUGGAGCAGAAUCAGGAGGCAGAAGAGAAAGGCCAGCCUGAGCUGCUAUAGAGUCUCAAAAAACAAAACAAAACAAAACAAAACAAAAAACUGCUGAGGCUACAGCUCUGGUAGAGAGAACACUUGUCUAGCAUGUACAACGCCACAGGUUCAACUCCCAGCAACACACACACAUACACACACACACACA